AUGGUUGAUAUUAAAGUUGUUUCACAAAGAUCAAAAAAAGAAGUUGGUUCAUUUUCAACUUCUUCGUCAACAACAGUUGGUGAAUUAAAAAAGCAAAUUUCCUCAAAGACUAGACUUGGAACAGAAAGAAUUAGAUUAGCAGUACCAAGUAAGACCUCAAAAUUACCAAAUGCAUUUGAGGCAUUAGGUAAAGAUAGUGAUUUAGUCUCUAAACAUGUCGGAGCAGAUUCAACCCUUUACUUUAAAGAUUUAGGUCCACAAAUUUCAUGGUCAUUAGUUUUCAUUUGUGAAUAUGCAGGUCCAUUAUUUGUUUAUCCAAUCUUUUACUUUUUAUCAAAUUUAAUUUAUGGUACUGAUUCACCAAAAUCAUUUGCUCAAAAAGUUGCAUUGGUUUGUUAUUCACUUCAUUAUAUUAAAAGAAUUUAUGAAACAAUUUUCGUUCAUAGAUUUAGUCAUGGUACAAUGCCAAUUUUUAAUCUUUUUAAAAAUUGUUCAUAUUAUUGGGGAUGUACAGCAAUGGUAUCAUACUUUGUAAAUCAUCCACUCUACACUGAAGCACCAAUUGAACGUGUUUACCUUGGUUUAGGAUUAUGGAUUAUUGGUGAAGUUUUCAAUUACAUUUGUCAUAUUCAAUUAAGAAAUCUUCGUCCAGCAGGUUCAACAGAACGUAAGAUUCCACGUGGUUUAUUAUUUGAAUUUGUAUCAUGUCCAAAUUAUACCGUUGAAAUCUUAUCUUGGAUUGGGUUCUCAAUUCUCACACAAACUUUAACUUCAUGGAUUUUCGCAUUAAUGGGUGCUGCUCAAAUGUGGAUUUGGGCUGUUGGUAAACAUAGAAGAUAUAGAAAAGAAUUUGGUGAUAAAUAUCCAAAAUCAAGAAAAAUUUUAAUUCCAUUUUUACUUUGA